ACUGGUUAUACCGGGACCAGAGAGGCUGAGUGGAUUGGUUAUACUGGGACAGAGAGGCAGUGUGGACUGGUUAUACUGGGACAGAGAGGCAGAGUGGACUGGUUUUACUUGGAAAGAGAGGCAGAGUGGACAGGUUGGAUAUUAUGCUUUGAGGAUGAAGGAGAAGAGGAGUUGAACCUGGAGCACAUUGUGGAGGACCUCAGGACAAGACUGGCAGGGUGCCGUUCAGACAGAUUUCCCUGGAAUGAGCAAGCAAACAAACAGGUCCCUGAAUUGCUGUCCAAAUGGUUUCAGUAUGAAAAUCGGACUGGUGCAAGCUACUGCCGAGAAGAAAGGUUGAGUUGACUCUGCAAGGGGAAGAUGUGCAAUGGAAUGAUAGAGUCAAUAUCAAAAGCCUUUUGGGCCCACACCUCAGCCACUAAACGGUCCUUCUUGUUGCUGCUGGUACUGACUGCAGUGUCCACUGGGCAAGGGUCAGGAUGUGUGAGGCCGUACAUGGUCCAGAACAGCUGGGUAAACCUCACAGAAACCAACAGGGGCUCGUUCCCUGUGGGCACAGUACUGCAAUACAGCUGUGACCCUGGUUACCUGCCAGACGGACCCAGCAUCCUCACCUGCAGCACACUGGGACGCUGGACCUCGGACCCUCCUCACUGUAUACGCAGUGGUGCAUGUCUACCCCUCUCCAAACCCGAAAAUGGAGGCUACACCUGCCACCCAACACCCUGCCGGAUGUUUUCCCACGGCACUGUGAUCGAAUUCUUCUGUGAUGAGGGCUUCGUUCUCAGUGGAGACUAUAACUACCUGACCUGUCAGGAUGGACAGUGGGACGGCCCCAUGCAGAUCAGUUGUGUGAGCCAAGGUUGUAUAAGACCCUCUACAGUGCAACAUAGCUCAACUAAUCUGACAGACACCAAUAGGAGCUUGUUCCCUGUGGGCACAGUACUGCAGUACAGCUGUGACCCUGGUUACCUGCCAUCCGGACCCAGCAUCCUCACCUGCACCCCACUGGGACGCUGGACCUCUGAACCUCCUCGCUGUAUACGCAGUGACGGUUGUAUAAGACCCUCUACGGUGCAGCAUGGCUCAACUAAUCUGACAGAAACCAACAGGAGCUCGUUCCCUGUGGGCACAGUACUGGAGUACCGCUGUGACCCUGGUUACGUGCCAGACGGACCCAGCAUCAUCACCUGCUCCGCACUGGGACACUGGUCCUCUGAACCUCCUCGCUGUAUACGCAGUGACGUAUGCCAGCCUCCAUUUCAGCCAGAGAACGGGGGCUUCACCUGCCACCCCGCCUCAUGCCAAAGACUUUCUCAUGGCACUGUGAUUGAGUAUUUCUGUGAUGAAGGCUAUGUUCUGAAGGGAGACUAUAAAUACCUUACCUGUCAGUAUGGAGAGUGGGACAGCCAAAUGAAGCUCAGCUGCCUCAUGGAGCAAGACCGCAAUCCAUCUUUACCGUUAGGCAUGCCCGCCUUGUCUAUAGUGGCAUCCACAGCCAGCUCGGUGGCCCUCAUCCUGCUCCUGGUGGUGCUGUUUGUUCUUCUGCAGCCAAAACUCAAGUCCCUCCAUCGACGUGAUCAGGGCGUGUCCGGCCAGCCCGUGUCGAUCAUGGUGGAAGGAGUCCAGGUGACUCUGCCCUCGUAUGAGGAGGCUGUGAACAUCAGUGGAGCCUCAGCUCCCAGCUCUGAGUCUCGAGUCCAGAUAGUGCUGUCUGAGGGUCAGCAUGCCACGGCGCCAGAGGCUGGCCCCUCUAGGCCCUCUUCCCUCAAACAGCAGCAGUCAGAGAUGGCUGUGGUCCACCCUGUGCCACCGUCCUCAUCCUCCUCGUCACCCUCACCCUCAUCCUCUACCUGGGUCCUGGAGCAUGCAGGUGCUGCAGCUCCUUCAUCCUCACGAAGAAGGCCGUCUGCAGGCAGCGACCAACACAGCUUGUCUCUGGACUCUGAGACAGACUACUCUGAUGACAUGCCAUUGCUGAAGGAGGCCUGAAAAAUGCAGCAGCUUGUGGACACACCUGAGACAACCGGCGUUGCUACUGACCUGUACUGGUGAGCGGGAUGCCUCUUGAGAGUUCGUCAACACAGACGAGGUCAACUAAAGCAGCUCUGAGUGAAGCUGUGGGUCACUCAGAAAUAGUUCCUCGGUCCAUCCCAAAGGAGAGCAGAGAAGGGAUUCACAUGUACAUACAUGCUUAAAUUUUUUUAUAGGAAUUCCUACACUACGUAUGUACGUCUAAUGUCUGAAGCUCAGUUUGAGGCACCUCCUGAAGGAGUGUGUCUUAAAGGCUGGUGAAAAAAAAAAAAAAAAGACUGAUGUAUUUCAGUUGAACGGGCAAAGCUGCAAACUCAUUUUGGGAGCUAAUAAUCUCUUCAGUGUCUUGUUUAUUUUUUUCUUUAACCACAUAUCGCACCAUUUGAGUCGCACAUCGGCAAAGAAUGCAUGAAGUCCAGGUAAUCUAGAUUGUUGUCCAAGUCAUGCAUUGUCUUCAAAGAUUUUUGUGAUUAUAAAUCAUUAUUUAAGGUGUUAUUAAAUCAUGACUCACAUCAUUCCACAUGUCACUGUACAGUUUAAGGCUGCUUGUCCAACCUAGAGUUCACUCUGCUGCGUUUUUCAUUGGAUUGAGGGCAAACAUUUUAAGAGACUUGUUGUUUCAGGUCUGCAUUUACUACAUUUCACCUUUGCAAAGCGUUCAGAUGUAUUCUCUUUAUACUCAUACCCUUGCCCCCCGAUGGCCUUAGCUUUCCACUUCUAUGCACAGGUAUCUAUAACAUGUACAAUAAGGAAUUUUAAAAAUGAAUGUCAGUUAAAUGCCUCCACUGCUUAGUGAUAUUAUGUGUGGCUCUGUCUGACACAUCACUUGUACACCAGAAAAUAUUAUUCUCUUAAUUUAUUCAAGCUGCGUGGAAAUUCCUGUUUAAAUGUAAACAGGAUAAUUAAGAUGUGUAUUUUAUUUAUUUGUGUCCAGAACGCUGUUGAUCAGCCAUGGCUUCUUUUGAUGCUUCCACAGCGCUUGGAAACUUUUAACUUCGCCGCUUCAGUUUUGAUUCUACUGCAGGCACGUUACAUGUGACACUGUAAAUACGGUUGGGAAGCUCCAACACAAAAACGAGCAAGUGUACAGAUUAGUGUAAUGUCAGUGUUCACUUUGUUUGACCGUCCAUUGGAUUUACUUUUGGACUGAGGAAUGGAUGUUUUGUUUUGUGUGUUUUGUGAAGAUGGUAUUUUAAUAUAUGUAAAAAGUUUUAAGUUAAGUUUACUCUGUAUAUACCAUGCGGCCAAUUUGAUUAAAUAUUAUUUGAGGUGUUAAAA